GGAUUCUUGUGUGGUUGGAGGUGAGAAUAUAUUUCUUGAUUUCUAUCCAGUCCUGGAAGAGCUCAGACAAGAGGCCCCUCAGUAUUUCGAGGUCCUCACUAAAGUACCGGUUUCAUUUCAGAGACGACAUUACAUGAAGAAUGAUGUUGAGACCCCAUCUGAUAUGAGUAUAUCACGCCCACACAUCCAAUUGGACAGAUAUGGAGAGGUUGCUACUGUUAAUUGGAACACUCAUCACCAAGAACCUGUAAUGCUGGAUGAUCUGGAUCUACUGGAUAGCUAUUAUAAAGCUUUCUUAUACAUGUCAAGGAAAAUUGAGAGCUCAAAGUAUCAUUUGGAGCAUUGUCUGUUACCUGGACAAAUCAUUGCAUUUAACAAUCGUCGUUUCCUACACUCCAGAAACUCAUUUCAACUGAACGGUGGAUUCAGAAAUUUUCAUACUACCUAUGUGAACAUUGAUUACCUCAGAAGUCAGUUCCUUGUACUUGGAAAGGCUUUAGGUUUUAACGAGAGCCCAAAGAACAUUUUUAUGUCUACUCUGUGAAAUUUUGUACUUUUUAUAAUAACCAAAUUAAUAUUUUUAUUGAUGCUAAUCAGAAUCUUUAACAAUACAACAAAAGAUAA